GUGUCAACCGGCGGUACAAUCGGAUGAUCCCGGGCGGGCGGAGCCAAGCAGGAGGAAAUGGUACCUUUGUCUGACAGUUCCCAAGAACACCGGCGACCAGCAGCAUCCUCCCAGCGCUUCAGCUCCACAGCAGCGAGAUAAACUGAGUCACAAACACACACGGUGAGCUCCUGUGAAACGGGGACACUGCAGGCUGCGGGCUGCACACGUCUGACAACGGAGAUUAACGAUUACCGAUACACGCCUGCAGGAUGGAGACGCAGAUACAUGUGCCCGUCGGGUCACCGGUUAUUAGAAAAGUCCCCAUUUUCGUGGACGAACACGACGUGACAGAAGGGGCGAUGAAGCUUAUUAACGAGCUGAGACCGGCGUGGGACCCGAGCCGUGUCAAGACCAAGCUCUUCACUGAUGGAACCACCAACAAGCUAGUGGGCUGCUACGUGGAAGACAGUCCAGAGGACGUGGUUCUGGUCCGAGUAUAUGGGAACAAAACAGAGCUGAUUGUGGACAGAGACAAUGAGCUCAAAAGCUUUCAGGUUCUACAUGCUAACGGUUGUGCUCCUCGCCUCUACUGUACUUUUCAGAACGGCAUCUGCUAUGAGUUCAUGCAGGGGGACGCUCUUGGGACGCAGGAUGUCAGGGAUCCUUCCUUACUCAGACUGAUAGCCAGGGAGAUGGCUCGUAUCCAUGCCAUCCAUGCACACAACGGCUGCAUCCCCAAACCCAACCUCUGGAUCAAGAUGCGGAAGUACUUCUCCCUCGUGGCCACAGAGUUCACCGACCAAGCGUCCAACAUCAGAAUCCAGCAGGAGGUUCCCAGCAAGGUGGUGCUGGAGCAGGAGAUGGUGUGGAUGAAGGAGCAUCUCUCCACCCUGGGCUCCCCUGUGGUGCUCUGCCACAAUGAUCUGCUCUGCAAGAACAUCAUCCACAACAGCAAAGAAGGUCACGUUCGCUUCAUAGAUUAUGAAUACUCCAGCUACAACUACCAGGCCUUUGACAUUGGCAACCACUUCAAUGAAUUUGCAGGGAUGGCCGAGCUGGACUAUGGGCUGUACCCCAGCCGGGAGAUGCAGAUGGACUGGCUCCAAGUGUACCUGCAGGCAUACAAACUCUUCACCAAGAAAACAGAGGAGGUCAGCCCGCGAGAGCUGGAGACCCUCUACGUACAGGUCAACAAGUUUGCUCUGGCUUCUCACUUCUUCUGGGGCUUCUGGGCGCUCAUCCAGGCCAAAUACUCCUCCAUCGACUUUGACUUUCUCGGGUACGCUGUGCUACGCUUCAGCCAGUACUUCAAGACCAAACCUGCAGUGAUGGCCCUGCAGAUCCCAGAAUGAGAGGCCCAAGAGGAAAAGCGGAGCAAGGGUGGAACAAGUUUUCUGCUGGGACUUGCUGUAGGGUGGGAACUCUUCUCUGUGGGCCAGCUGCUGACAGACCACUGCUUGGUCUGCGCUAUAACUCUUUCAUUCCAUAGCUCCACGUCUGUCACAUCUCUAGCUCAAGACUUAUAAAGCCUCCACAUUCUGUCUGUACGUGUGUGAGUGUGUGCUUGUAAACGUUUAAUUUAUCUAGAUAAACCUAGCGUCUUGCUUUUCCUCUUAGGGCAGCUGAGCAAGACGUAGUGAGCAACGCAGACUCACUGUAGGGCAGAUAUCACAUACUUUAAAGCUGCUUUAUUGUCGAAAUAUUCCACAACACUGGUAAUGUAGGUCACAGAGGGACCAGAUUGUGGGUUUGACGCUGACAUUAACAGAUAGUUUGUCCUGCUCUGUGUGUUGUGUCUUUGGCUCAAUGCCAUGGCCUCAUUAUAGUUAGAAACUGACGGGGGCAUUUCACCUGGUGUGUAUGGCGAAACCAUCCCUCCAUCUGUCUGCAGAUACUUUAAGUUCUGAUCUGUGCACUGCACUUCCCAGAGAUCACCUGUGCAUCUGUGGACGGUACUGUGUCAUCUCUCUCCUCAGACUGCUUCUGGUGUUGCAGUUUGAGCUUCUGUCAGUCCCUCUUCUGGUUAUUCCAAGCUUUGUGUGUGCUGGUGGACUUUGACACAGAGGACCUCCCAGACACUGAGCAGAAAAGCUUUUCAUGGACUGGCUGUUGGCUGAAUCACUAUUGUGUUAUAGCAAUCGGUGAUAGAGAAGCUCUGUAUGCAUUUAUUUAUGUGAAGACAUAGUGGAUUAUUUACCAUCUCAGGUGAAACACCUCUUCCAUUUGGGUUACUUUAGCAGGUAUUGCUUUGUGUUCAGGUGGGAAGUGAUUCUGAAGGAGGGGAGGAGGUGGCUGUUGGUUAAAAAGACCUCACUGUGUGUGGUUCUGUCUCAACCUGUUUUUCCACCUUCUUGACUUUUAUGGUUUCAGCUAAUUGCUCUGUUGAACUUUCCAUUUGAACUGUCCAGCCCUCUUGGAAAAUCCCAACCUCCCUCCUCCCCACGCUCCACUUUUUUUCAUAUCUGCCUUCAUCUGGAGCACCUGCUGUACAGGCCAUCUCAGCAUCAGAGACUGGUCUCAGCCCCACUCUGUCACCAUCCCCAGCCCAGAUUUGGAGCCACAUUUUGUUACAUAAUGAGAUGUUGUAUAAGUUGUAUCUGUUUGGAUCAAGUUUAGCUUUCACAAAGAGGCAGGAAUGGGUUAUCUGGGGCUGCGUUGCUGUUGUUAGAUCCCCUACGGCACCUGAUACUCCAUAAACAUAGUCAUUUCCAGAAGCACUGAGCACGUGUUUUGCGGUCCCCACUUUGCAAUGCAAAACUUUCCCUUUUUUUUUAAAUGACUCAAAUUAUAUCACUCCAGUCUAGAGCUGCAACCCUUGAUUAUUUUUAUUAUCGAGUGUUUUAAAAAAUGCUGUAUAAAUAAAUUAUCGGCAGAUUAUUUUUUUGAUUCAUUGUUUAAUCAGUGAAAUGUAGAAAAAAUAGUGAAAAAUGCUCAUCAAAACUCCCAGAGCCAAAAUGACCUUGUUGCAUUUACAUGAUUUAUAACAAAGAAAGGCAGCACAUCUUCACUGUGGACAAGCGGCAGCCAGAAAAUGAUAAGCGUUUUUUCACAAUUGUUGCUUGAAAAUGAAAUUCAUCUUCCGCGGCUUCUGUGAGUGUGAGGCUGAGCACACCCUGUCAUCUGAUCAGACUGGACUGAUUAAUGCAACACAUUCAUGACUGAAUGUGGGCUCCAGAGAAGGCAUGUGUCCCCCCUCCACACUCUCUUCAGGAUAAUUAACCCCUUGUAGGCCAGCAGGGGGAGACACAGAGCUCUGACCUUUGUCCUCGACUGUAGGUCUCAUGUAACCAACAGGCUUAAUAAUUUACCUUCAGAACAGCAGAGACUAACCGAUGUGCAGUCAGUCAGGACAGUUAACCUGAGAAGAGACACGACAGCUUUCAGCAGGAUCACACUGAUAUUUGAAAUGUGUCUGUCGUUCUUAGAUGUGACGAUCAGAGCAUAGUAUAACUCAUGCUAGGGCUAUGUGAGGUGAAAUGGUUAAGAGUUACUCAUAUUUGGGUCAAAAAGCUGCCAGAGUUGUCCUCGAAUAUCUCCCACGUCAAUAGUGCAUUUUUAAUGUAAGAAUAAUCAAGAGGCCCUUACUGUAGGGAACUAAAACUGGAGUAAUCUGCUUAAUAGAUUUGCAGACAAAAAAACAAAUUAGUGAGCUUGCUGUUGAACCCAAAACCCUAAUACCCUGGUAGGAAUUCAGCCCGGAUAAAAAGGGCAUUUGCACUUCAUAAGCACUGAAGGAAUUUUUCAGUUCACUUUAUAGAGGACACUGACCCAGAAUGGACCUCAUCUGGUGACACAGUUUGGGAGAAAAGUUAGCGCAGGUAUGUUAAGUUUCGUUCCAGCAAUCACUGAGCUCCAUACUGAAAACACUGAGUCCAGCCUGUCCUCAACACUUUGCACUGGUUUCAGCAGCCAUUUGGCCCGUUGGUCACCUUACCCUCUGUCUUGUGUGGCAUCAGAGUAAUCUCUGAAGUUGUUCAAUCAGGUGUGAACACUAUAGGCUUCAACGUGCUUCACACAUUGCAUUACCAAACCCCUGAAGGACCCGGAUCCUGGCACUUUCUCCUCUGAGAAACACUCAGGAUGUUAAAGUAACAUCCACGGUCACAUCCACAUCCAACACAAGUUUGGAACCUACCAGUACUCUUUAAAGACUAACUUUUUACCAGCAUUUUUUAACGGCCUUAUUUGGUCUGUUGCCCCAACAUACUUCUGUAACCACAGUUGUCACAGUGAUGUCACAGUGUACUGACACACACUGUAGCAGCUAGGAGGGAAGUUAAACCAACAGAGGUCAGCAAAGACACAAGGUUUUCAGUAGAUACCAGCACCAGACAACUAAAUGGAUACUGAUUUGAGACAGAACAAUUUCAACUCAAGGCUCACUUACUUGCUUUUUCAGGAGCAUCACAUGGUCUUUGUUAGCAGAUAGUACGCUCAGUUGUCAUGGAGAUGUAUCCGUUGACAUCUGGCAAAAGCGGGUUGGCACCGCUCUGUCAAACUACAGUUUCCAAGGUCAUGAAUUAUGAAUUAUCUGUUGUGAUGUUAAAUGUUUAUUCUCUGACAUCAAUAAUGUAAGCACUGUUUGUACAAAUGCCUCAGUUAUGUUUGUGGAUAUACCACAAAUGUUAAAUUGGGCAAAUUGAGUACAGGAAUUUUACAUUCAAGCCAAACGGGUUCACACAGUGUGGGCUGAGCCUCUCACCAGGUGCAGGUAAAUCUCUGUGUGCUGGCAGUGAACCGAUGGUGAUGUGUUUUAUGGCAACCAGCAGGGACGGGUUUGCCAGAGCUGAGGGGGCAGGUGACCGUAGUGACAGCAGUAACUCAGUAUGGCAGAGUCUGUUGGUCCUCUGAGUGGUGUGAUUUACUCUCACUGUAAGAGGGGGGAGACAAAGAUCCACUGCAGCUUCAAGUACAAACGAUCUUGUGAGAAAAUGAGACCUAUGACAGAUCUCUCCUCCUGUGCGUCUUAGUUGAAACUUAUUUUGUUUACCAAAACAUUAGCUAAAGUUAGCUAAAGGCUUUGCACUGUUGACUGCACUGACAAUGAAGUUUGUAGUUUCAGAAGACCAUCGAAUGAUAACAGUCACGCGUAUAAAUGCUAAAAGCAUAAUUUUCACAUAAUUAUAUUGUAUAAUUAUUAUAUAAUUAUUUUAUAAUAAUUUUAUAGAAAAGUUUAUUUAUUAAAAAGGACCUUUCUCAAGUCAUACAGUGACGCAGUGCUUAAAACUGCCUGUAACUGCGUGAUAUGGUGAUAUAAUCUUUGGGGACCAGGAAAUGGAAGUAGUGUGUGUGUUGCCCUCAGCUCAUUACAUUACACACUGGGUACGGUGAAAAUAAGCCAAGCAACACGUUGGUUUGGACAUUCAGUGAACGCUCCUGUUUAAAGCUCAGGUGUAGCGACCUGACAGGCUGGCUUCAUGUUUUAUUUGGUGAGUGGAUCUAACGUUUUUUUGUUUUAUAAUCAUACCAACAUGUGCAGCUUCAGAGGGUUAGCAUUGCACUUCAUUAACUAGAGAUGGUGACUAAUGAAAGGAAACCAGCAUGAAGCGUGGGUCCAGCACCAGCCGCUGUAGCGCUGAUUGGCAUUGACUUGAGUCUCUGAACUUCCCUUCUGUCCGCCUGAGGUCUGGUGACCGUGAAGGCUGUAGCAUCUGAUUAACAUAAUUUUCAUCCUCCUCAAACUGAUCAGGGAGCCUCAGGCCCUGUGGUGGGGCGCUGUUAUCCUGGAGAGACCACUCCAGGGACACAGGAGUGGAUUUUCACUCCUGUCCUGUCAGUCCCACAACAGUGACCCCUUCUUAUAGAUUCUCUGGGCUCUUGAUAUAAAGUCAGAAUCAGCAUGUUUAGGUUGCUGUUAAUGCAGAGCCGCUGUGUGGAAGCAUCUGCACUCGUUAUCGUCUCCACUGAUUUAUUCAGCUAUUUCCUUUCAUUUGUCACCUGUUCAUUUGUGUGAACGUACUAACUUCACUUUGAGAAACAGAUUUUCCCUCUUCCCCUAUUUAAUUCCUGUACAUGCUUUGAGCGCUGUGUUUGGGAGCCAGGGUUUGUUUGGCUUGGAGAUGUGACUUUGUAUAUGUACUCAUCCACUGCUAAAGAAGUUGCUACUUCAGUGUGCGCGCGGCCAGCGGAGAUGGAGGAUGUAAAUACUGUAAGAAAUACUGUGAAAAAGCUUACUAUACAGUGAUCCUUCACACCUCUGUAGGAGUGGCAAGAAGAAUUAUUAACAGUGAAUAUUUCCAUUAAAAUGUAUAUAAUAAUAAAA